UGAUUGUUAUAUUAUAGAGAAAAUGGCGUCGUUAUCUUCAAUAUUACCACCGCCGACUCAGACUGUUUAUGAUCGCAUUGACCCAGAAAGAGGAAGAAGAAAUGUAUCUACUUCUUCCCAGCUUGUUUCUACAUCACGAACUGCUCCAAUCUAUGGCCGUAGGAAAGGCUGGGUGCCAAGAAGUGAUGAGGAUUUUGGCGAUGGUGGAGCCUUUCCUGAAAUUCCUGUGGCUCAGUAUCCUUUGGGUAUGGGACGCAAAAAGGACAAGACAACAUCAAAUGCAUUGCCAGUCCAGCUUGAUGCUCAAGGUAAAAUAAAGUAUGAUGCUAUAGUUCGACAUGGGCAUAGUAAAGAUAAGUUACUUUACCACAAAUACCAAGAUCUUUUACCUUCAGAAAUAACAAAUGAAUGUGAUCCAGAACUUCAAAAGCCAUCAGAAAAAGAAGUUGAAGAGACAACUGAAAGUACAAGGCAAGCUCUUGAAAAAUUAACAAGUUCUAAAAUUUCUGCUGCUAUGCCAGUUCGUGCAGCAGAGAAAACAGCACCAGCACAGUAUAUCAGGUAUACCCCUUCACAGCAAGGUGUUGCUUUCAAUUCUGGAGCUAAACAAAGAAUUAUACGAAUGGUAGAAGUCCAAAAGGAUCCUAUGGAACCACCACGGUUUAAAAUUAAUAAGAAGAUUCCACGUGGACCACCCUCACCUCCAGCUCCAGUUAUGCACUCCCCCACGAGAAAAGUUACAGUGAAAGAGCAACAAGAAUGGCGUAUACCACCAUGCAUUUCUAACUGGAAGAAUGCUAAAGGUUACACCAUACCUUUAGAUAAACGUUUAGCUGCAGAUGGAAGAGGUUUGCAGCAGGUUCAUAUUAAUGAAAAUUUUGCAAAAUUGGCUGAAGCUCUUUACAUUGCUGACAGGAAAGCAAGAGAAGCUGUAGAAAUGCGAGCUCAGUUAGAAAAGAAACUUGCUCAAAAAGAAAAGGAGAAAAAAGAAGAACAUCUCAGACAGCUAGCCCAGAAAGCUCGUGAAGAACGGGCAGGUAUACGCACUCAAGCUGUUGCUGAAAAAGAUGAUGAAGUUGCUGAGCGUGAUCAGUUACGAUAUGAACGCCACAGAGAAAGACAGAGAGAGAAAAAUUUGGCAAGAGCAGCUCCUGACAAGCGUUCCAAACUUGAACGACAACGAGAGAGAGAUAUUAGUGAACAAAUUGCCCUCGGAAUGCCUAAUGCUAGACAAACUAAUGGUGAAUUGCAGUUUGACCAACGAUUGUUCAAUCAGUCAAAAGGCAUGGAUAGUGGUUUUGGUGAAGAGGAAGAUUAUACAGUUUAUGACAAACCAUGGCGUUCUGGUCAAAAUGUUGGUCAGAGUAUUUAUCGUCCACGUAAUCAAGAUAAAGAUCUGUAUGGUGAAGAUUUGGAUAAAUUGAUGAAAACUUCUCGCUUUGUUCCAGAUAAAGAGUUUUCUGGGACUGAUCGCAGUGUGCGUAGAGAGGGGCCUGUAGCUUUUGAAAAACAAGAAGAGGAGGAUCCUUUUGGUUUAGAUAAGUUCUUAACAGAGGCUAAACGUGCCAGCAAACGACCAGUUGAUGAAAGUCGAGACCAUGAUAGAGACCGUGGAAAAAGGAGAAGAGAGUGAGCAGUUAAUGUUUUAACUUAAGAAAAGAUAGAAUUGAAACAAUGGCCUGGAAUAAACUGAACUGAACAUAGAAUAUAUAGAACAUAUUCAUGUUGCAAGUUCAGAAAUUACUGUGGAAAUCAUAUUUAUAAGUCAGUAAGGUUGAGAAACAUGCGUUUGGCAUGGUAUCAUAUUACUGUAACUUGUGAGUUUUCUUUCACUUUCAGACUAAAAUACAGUGUUUGUGUAAGUUUCAGAAAUGAAAAAUGUAAUUGUUAACUAAAUAUUAAAUGUUUUAGAUGGAUUUAAAAAGCAUCAUUCAAUAUCUUUAACUCUUUUUUUUUUUUUAAAUGGUAGAGGAUGUAAAAAUAUGUCUGUUGUUAGUUGUCUGUCUGUAUGUUUACGUCUAUACUCACAUAUUAAAAAGAGUUUGGCUCUAUUUGCAAAUCAUUUUUGAUUCAAAUGUGAACAUAUGUACCUACCCCUGAAUCAAUAUUAUAAUAAUAAGGAUUAA